AACUGUAAAUGAAACAAAAAAGAGUAUUAUGUUGCUGGGUUUAUCCAUGGCUUUUAACAGUUGAUUUGAAGCUUCUAAAGGCAAGUCAAGUAUUUACUGCCAAAUUCUGGAACAUAUUAUAGGCAGGUCACUGUUGCUGUAGAAGCAGUCUGGUCUUUGCCUGGUUUACUGGUUCAUCGUUAAAGGUUAAAAAAAGGUUAUUUCCGAUGGAGAACUCGAUGGGUUUGCUCAGAAUUCAUGUGAUACGAGGAGUUAAUCUUGCAAUCAGAGAUGUCAGGAGCAGUGAUCCUUACGUGAUUAUCAGAAUGGGAAGACAGAAGUUGAAGACUCGUGUUGUGAAGCGGAAUCUGAAUCCUGAGUGGAAUGAAGAGUUGACCUUAUCAAUUUCUGACCCUCCUGUCCCAAUCAAGCUUUUGGUUUAUGACAGAGAUAGAUUCAGUCCAGAUGACAAAAUGGGGGAUGCAGAAUUUUACAUCACUGAUUAUUUACAAGCUCUGAGGAUGCAGUUGGAAGGCCUCCCAAGCGGAACCAUAAUCAGAAAAGUCCUGCCAAGCAGGGAAAACUGCCUAGCUGAAGAGAGUCACAUUAUCUGGGCUAAUGGUAAAGUUGUCCAAAACAUGUUUCUUAGAUUGCGGAAUGUUGAGUGCGGUGAGGUAGAAAUCCAGUUGCGGUGGAUUGAUAUACCUGGUUCCAAGGGUUUGUAAUCCACAACAACUGUGUGUUUGGUAUGAAGCUUAGCGUAAUACAAGGUUUUCAGCAGCACCAAGUUUCUUAACUGGUUUUUAGAUGCUUAAACAUGGUGGGCAUACAGGUCUACUUGCCUCCCAUUUGUUUGUUGUCUGUAGGACGGCAUCCUUUUGUAACAUAAUGUAACGUGGUUUAUUAUUUUGUUUUGA